AUGAGGAAGAAUAAAGAAGAUGCCUUCCGAGAGCUGGAAAGCCAGUUCAUAUUACGCUUACCCCCAGAAUAUGCUUCCACUGUGAGAAGGGCAAUACAGUCUGGAAGGGGUAACCUGGAAGAUAAGUUGACCAUUGAAUUACAUGCAGAUGGACGUCAUGGAAUUGUCCAGGUGGAUCAUAUCCCAUUAGCUGCUAAGGUGGUUGACCUUCCCUGUGUUACUGAAUCCAUGAAAACCAUAGAUAAAAAAACCUUUUACAAGACAGCAGAUAUCUGCCAGAUGCUUGUGUGCAGUGAGGAUGGGGAUCUUUACCCAGCUCCAGAAGAACCAGUUGCUACUACUGAUCCAAAAGCAAGUAAGAAACAAGAUAAAGGCAGGGAGAGAGAAUUCAUCUGGAAGCAUGGUAUCACUCUGCCACUAAAGAAUGUCAGAAAGAGAAGAUUCCGUAAGACAGCCAAGAAGACAUAUAUGGAAUCAUCAGAUGUGGAAAAAGAAGUAAUAAGGCUUCUAAGUACAGAUGCAGAAGCUUUCAGUACUCGGUGGGAGAUAAUUGUAGAAGAUGAAACAAAGAAAGCAGACAACCCAGUUUGCCUGGCAGGCCUAGAUAUUUCCUCUCCAGGAAUGAGUGGCCACAAGCAGGGCCAUGGCUCCUCAGAACAUGAGCUUCGAGAGAUAUUUAAGGACAUUAGCAGCAGUAGUGAAGAGGAAGAUGAGAGGGAUUCUCAUGAUGAUGAAGAUAUAAACAUCAUUGACACUGAGGAAGACCUAGAGAGGCAGCUACAAGACAAGCUUGAUGAAUCCAGUGAACAGUGCCAAGAAGACGAGCAAACAAAUCAGAUGGUUAUGGGAAUUCAGAAGCAGAUUGAUAUAAUGAAAGGGAAACUCCAAGAGACCCAAGGGAGAGUAAAACGACAGGAAGACCUCAUUAUCAAAGUAGAAAAUAUGGCUCUCAAGAUUCGUCUUCAGGCUAUGCUGGAUGAGUUCAAACAGCAGGAAGAACAAGAGAAGCAACAGCUCAGUUCCUUGGUGGAACAACUAGAAUCACUCCUGGAAAAAUAA